GUCACGUAAGCGUCCCCGCCCGAGAGGCUUCUGGGUUCUAGGCGACCGUUGGUGAGGGAGCCUCUCAGUGUGGCCGGAACCUUGAGCUAUGCCUUCGGAGGGGCGAUUGAUGCGGGGGAGGAUCCGCUCAAAGACCCGGGGGCUGCGGGGGCCGCGCUCCAGGGUGUUCCACUGUGAGCCGGGAUGCAAUGCGGCUGUGGGGUCGCACCCCGGGGGCAGCGGCACGGGGCGCCAGGCCGUCAUGGCGGCGGCGACGCCUCAGCCCAGCUGGCAGGCGUCUCUGCGCGGCCUGCAGGCCGAGACGCGCCACUCUCUGCUGAGGAUGUGGGCUUACAAGCGCUUCGGGCUGCUCCUGCUGGGCCUCUGGGGCCUGCUGCUGCUGUACUACUACCUGAGUCCCGGGUUUGUGAAUUCUGCGUCUCCAAGUGAGAAUACUCUGUGGACCAAUGAAAAUGCUAAUGGACAAUCUCUGGAAAAAAAUUCAGCCUCAAGAGCUCUCUUAAGUUUUUUCUUUCCAACAACAUGCAUUCUGAAGGAGAAUCAGGUGGUGAAGCCUUGCAAUCCACUGCAAGAUUUUAACAAGACUGAGUGUUUGAGAAACAAGUGCUGUUAUUCAUCACUCAAGACCAGCAACUUCAACUGUUUUGUCCCACUGAAAGAUAAGCCUACGCAGAUGUUCCGGAUGUUUGGGUUUGGUGUGAUCAGCAUGCUCAUCCUGGGAUGGCUGCCCAUUUAUUGCUUCUCUCUUUGCCAGAGGAGCAGAUGGGCCAACCCUUUACGAAGGAAAAUGAACAGAAUUUUAAAGGGUUUGAAGAAACAAAGAAACAAACUAAAGAGGGAUGCUGAAAUGUUAGGGACAGCAAUGGAUGAGGAAGGAUUAGGUGAUGAAAAGGAGCAGGAGACCAAAGCAUUAUUUUCCCAUUGAGAAGAACACAAAUCCUUUCAGAGCAGAGGAAACUGUCCCAGUCAUCUAUACCUGAUGGAGCAUUUUAGAAGGAUGAAAGUUAUUUUUCUUAUGUUUAUUUCCAAAUAUAAAAUAAAGUUAUAGUUCAGUUUUUGUGCAUCAAA